UUGAUGGCCUACGAGAGUGUUCGUCCAAAAGUCUUGUCGAAAAUAACUCUGCUAUACUGCUCAGUCUGCUCUAUGCGUAGCUUCACGACUACUGUGUUCCUAAUUAGAGCUACAACCAUGCCUGUCGACUGCGGUGUCAUUCCCAAUAGUCGAGUAGUACUCUACUGCUGCCUCAUAUGCUGGAUUAUAGCUUUGUUCAGCAUUGUUGGAAUCGCUCUUCUACCUCCGCAUCUUGGGCGUACAUACCUCGUGUUUUUUGCAACCAUCUUCACAGGAGGUCCUAUAAUUUUUCUUUUUAUUCGACUGGAUCUGAUAACCCACUUGCGUGUCAAAAUUUCUGCCGUGCGAAGAGCUAGAAGGCAACCACAAGAGGAAGAACCAAGAACAACGCCUCCUCUUGGAGAACCCUGCGGAGUGGUGAACAUGGCUUACGAAAGGGGUUCUGAUGAAACAGUCCGUGCUACGUAUGCAUUGCCAAGCAAUUUCUCGCCGCCCCAAUCUGUUACAACGUCCCGCGGAAGAGACGACGUUGUUGCCUCCACUACCACCAGAACUGAGGCUGGUACGGAAUAGGAAGCAUAUUCGAUUAGGAGAGAAGGAAGUACACAAGGCAAGUUCUAUUCCAGAUCCGUGUUGGAAGGAAGGACAUUUUCGAAAGGAAAGAGCAUCGUGUUACAUUUGUGAUCACCAAUAAAUUUGCCGAUGAAAGUGGAUUGGGAGAGGUAUCGAUAGACUCGGUAGCUCCUGCCGAACAUAGCCUGGCAGUCGGGAGAGUAAACUGCUGAAGAAUGUGUAGAGGGCGAGCAGUCUAUUAGAGCUUGUGCGAAAUAUUUUGGGGAGCUUUAGCAUAGUUAAUAUAGAUUUUGAGGGUAAUGGGGUAAGCGUUUUAGCUGCUUAAGCUCGUUAAGAAACAGUUGUGCAACUAUGGGAUAAUGAUGGAAAAUCUAUGCGUUUUAAUAUAUUGGUUUAAACGGUUCCUGGAAAUUAGAAUGUUCAUCGAUUAGAACUUUUUCUUGAGAAGUUACCCCAUAAAAUUGUAAUCAAUCAUUUUAAACAGAUAUUAUGCUUCCAUUUAACCUAAUUUUAUACUUUUAAUAUCAGAAUAGCCUAAUAUUUAUAUAACGACUUCCCACCAGAAAUAACUGAUGCGGUAAAUCUUUCAUUUUUCAAAAGAAUGCCUUACUUCUUAUUUAGCAAAACAAGAUUUUAAUUAAAUGUUUGCAUAUGUUU